CCACCGGAGGGAGGCACACGGAAAGGAGAUGCUGGUAGUAACACGAUUGCAUAGUGAUGAGGAAUGCAUCAGGCUGCAGAAAAAAAGACGAAGAAGAAAGAGCAGCGGGAGCAGGUAGAAGCGCUUGAACCAACCCAUGUAAACAGAAAAACGCAAACAACCUGCUUUCAACCGUGUGACAUUCAGUCAUGGCUGAGGAACCAGCAGCAGAAAUCCAACUACUCAGAAGCCAGAAGGUCAAGCUGAUUGAAAUUCUAAGUGCAGACGCCGAUUUUGUCCUGCAGCAUGCAGACUCUAGCAGUUUGUUGUCUGCUCAAGGCUACCAGCGGGUGAAAACUUGCCGUGUUCCCAGUGAGAAGGUAACAGACCUGCUGGAUCACAUCAUCCAGAGGGGUGCUAAAGCAGCGCGGGGUCUUCUGGAACUGCUGAACAGCCAGGCCCUGCAGGAAACCUUCCCAAUGCUUUGCUUUAUUAAGGAUGUGCAAGUCAACACACCGUCUUCAGGGAAGAGUGAAAAAUCAAGAAAGAGAAAAUCAGCUCCUGCCUUACAAGAGAACAUUCCGUCCAAACAGCGCAACAAAGGCCCUGGCUUAGUUAAUGAGAAGCAGCUGAUGACCGUGGCUCGUACCAUCGGCAGAUCUUGGAAGGAGAUCGGCAUACUGGCUCUGGACGUCCCCUCUGUGAAGUUGGAACAGAUUGAAGAAGACCAUUCUCUCCACACGGAGCGAGUGUUUGCCAUGCUGCGCUUCUGGAAAACCUGCCAAAGGGAAAAAGCCACUGCUGCUCACCUGCACUCGCUGCUCAGUCAGAAAGAGAGUGCGCUGCCACCUGAAAGCAUUGACUCGCUGCUGGAGACCGACUGAGGCCUUCACUGUCUGGUAC